AUGGAUGAGUUAAUUCAACAAGACCAGCUCAUGGAAGAUGAAUUCAUCGAACAACAAUUCAACCAAGAAGAGUAUGAAGGGUCAUCUGAUUCAGAGCAUGAACAACAUCAAUAUGAUGAAGGUAAUGAUGCUGAUGGGUAUGAUGCAGAUGAUGAUGCAAACCAAGAAGAGUUACAACACAAUUGCAGACCAACAAGAGAGAUGACAGUGGAACAGAAAAGAGCAAUUGUUGAGGAGAUUAUGUUGCACAUGGAGGGGGACUCACUGCCAAGAGGCUUUUUAGCCAAUUUGGCAAGAAAACAUUCAGUGCACAAAUCUACAACAACAAGAUGGUUUCAGGUAAUUAAACAUUCUCUAGCUGAAGGUAUUGUUGUUGAUGUUAAUACCAAAAAAUUAGGCAGGACAGGACGCAAAGCAAAACAAUACAUAGAUGAGUUUCUGACAUCUGUACCAUUGUACAAAAGAACAACUGAAAGGGGAUAUGCUGGAGCACUAAAAAUACCCAAAACAGCAUUGCAUAGGCUAAGGCAGCAAGGCAGGCUGAGAACACACACAAGCACAAAUCAUCCAGUAUUGACAGAGAAGCACAAAGUGGCAAGACUUAAAUGGGUUUUAAGUCUAAUUAAUCUUGUUCCAGCAAUUGGGGAUCCAACAUUUACUGAUAUGCAACAAUGGAUACAUUUAGAUGAGAAAUGGUUCUACAUCAAUCCAGAUACAAGAACCUUCUACCUACUUCCAACAGAAGAUGAUCCAUAUAGGGCUCAACAAUUAAGGAGGUUCAAAAUCAAAGCAAUGUUUAUGGGAAUGAUAAGUAAACCAUUGUUUGAUGCUGAAAACAACAUGAUACAUGAUGGAAAGUAUGGCCUUUUUCCUUUUGUAAAGUAUAAAAGGGCCAAAAAGAAAAGCAAGAACAGAGAUACAGGGACUCUAGAGAUAAAGGCAAUUCAAAGUGUCACAAAAGAAUACAUAAGGGAGAUGCUGCUAACACAUGUUAUCCCAACAAUCUAUGAAAAAUGGCCAGAGCAGUUACCAAAGGACAUAAUCAUCCAAUGGGAUAAUGCUAGGCCUCAUCAGGUACCAAAGGAUGAAGAAUUUCAAGCAGCUUGUCAUGCACAUGGAUUCAACAUUCAAUUCAUAUUUCAACCAGCUCAGUCACCAGAAACAAAUGUUUUAGAUUUAGGGUUGUUUAGUGUCAUUCAAUCAUUACAAUAUCAAUCUUUUCCAAGGAAUCUAGAUGACUUAAUCAAGGAAGUGGCAAGAGCAUUUCAAGAAUUUGAUCCUACACUAAACAAGUACACAUGGAUCACACUUCAAUCAUGCCUUAUUAAGAUUCUGGAAAAGCAAGGGGGUAAUAACUUCUCUCCCCCACACAUGAAGAAGAGAAGCUUGGACAGCCAAGGACUACUACCUCAACUACUUCAAGUAGACAGGGAGCUAAUAGGUCAAGUUGUUCAUUUUUUGGACACAAUCACAAUUACAGGAGAUGAUGAAGGCCACAUGGAAGUAGAUGCAGACUGA